GCGAUUAGUCGCCGGGAAGAUACGACAGUGGCCGGCCACGAGUCGACGAGUUGCAAACAAAUUGAGAGAAUAUAUCGCCGAACGCGUUUUGCCAGAAUCGCGUUAAAAGUCAUCACGAUUAAGUGUGAACGGUUUAAUCACGACGAUUGACAUUUUCUGGAUGUCUCAUCUUCAUAUCUUACUUCGUUGACGUAAUAAUAGUCGGCCACUAGGAAAUACCGUAUCUUUGCCCGCGUCUCAGACCAGUACCUCAGUUCCGAUGAUACGAUCGAGAUUACCGAAUAAAUCAGCGCAUACGCGAUCAUGCUGAAGUGGGUGCACUACUGCCCGUUGCCGAGAGAUCGUGCGAUCGCGUCCUCGGACGCGAAGAUGGUCGUUCCGGGCGAGACCACGAGGGACGAGAAGGACGGGAGAAGGGCGACCGACAGAAGAAAGGAUAGCGGUGGCACGGUGCGGAGUGCGCGAAAUGCGAAAAUCACCACGCCGGACGCUAUCAUGAGGAGAUGCUUCCGGUUCGGGGGUUCGGAUCCGAGGGUAGCGACCUGCAGAGGAAAGCUGCAAAACAAGCGGAGUAAGCUCAACCAAGAGAUCAACAAGGAGCUGCGGCUACGAGCAGGAGCCGAGAAUCUUUUCAAGGCAACUACAAACAGAAAACUGAAGGAAACCGUCGCCUUGGAACUAAGCUUCGUCAAUUCAAAUCUGCAGCUGUUGAAAGAACAGCUUGCUGAAUUAAACAGCUCGGUGGAAUUGUAUCAAAAUGUCGACGGCGUUGAGCCCAUUAUGCCGAUGAUACCACUGGGAUUAAAAGAAACCAAAGAUAUCGACUUUCAGGAUCCGUUUAAGGACUUUAUCUUGGAGCACUAUAGCGAAGAUGGCGAAAACUACGAAGAAGCUAUAGCAGAUUUGAUGGAAACUAGACAGGCUACGAGAACACCGACUAGAGACUCAGCAGGCAUCGCGUUGCUCCUGCGUUAUUACAAUCAGCUCUACUUCAUAGAGAGGCGAUUCUUUCCACCCGAUAGAAGCCUCGGCAUCUAUUUCGAAUGGUUCGAUUCAUUAACAGGUGUGCCAAGUUGUCAACGAACCGUCGCCUUCGAGAAGGCGUCGAUUCUUUUUAAUGCCGGCGCACUUUAUACACAAUUGGCUGCUAAGCAGGAUCGCUUGACUGCUCGAGGACUCGAUCAAGCGGUCGAUGCUUUUCUGCGAGCGGCCGGUACUUUUCGGUAUAUUCACGAGAAUUUCACGAAUGCACCGAGCAUGGAUUUGGGUCCAGAUAUGUUGGAGAUGCUGGUACAAUUGAUGCUGGCUCAGGCAAGAGAGUGUCUCUUCGAAAAGUUAGAGCUUCAAUCUAGAGACGGUAGAAACAUUGAUGUUUGCUUGGAUCUUGCUCAAGAGGCUGCUCAGGUUGCGGCAAUAUACAAUGAUGUCCACGGAUUGAUAUCGCGCGAGCCGGUUCGUGACUAUGUCCCAGAGACUUGGAUUUCACUGAUACUGGUAAAACGCGAGCAUCAUCUCGCCCUUGCUCACAAGCAUCUCGCGGUUGGUCUGCUGGACAGACCGAUCGUUGAGUUUCGUGUAGAAACUAGGCUCACAUUGGAGCACAUUCAGAAGAGCGAUGGGAAGACUCAAUUGGAUAUAAUUGUUCCCAGAGAUGACAACGAAAGAAAGUUAUUAGGCAAAGCCCAUCUUAGAGAAGCUCUCGUUUUGCAUGAUGAGAGUCAACGAUUGCAGAGAAUGUGCCGCGAUCUAAAAGGCAAACAAGCGUUGGCGAGGGUUUUGAAGAAAGCACACGAAGCGACACUCGAUAGCUAUAAUAAAUUCGGCAAUGAAGAUGAUUUUCGAGAACUGUUGGAUCCGCCAGAUAUAAUUGCUUCCACGAAAUUUCAACUUAGCAUUACUCAUCCGGAUUUUGGACAGCACGGAGUAGAUGAUCUUUUCAGAUCGUUGGGACCCGUAGCGAUAUUUUCGGCCAAACGACACUGGACCGCGCCGCGAUUGGUACAACUUCAAAGAGGUCCUGACGGCGAAGGUUUUGGAUUUAGUGUACGCGGCGACGCUCCAGUGAUAAUAGCUGCCGUCGAUCAUAAUUCGCUGGCUGACGUAGGCGGAAUGAAAGAGGGCGAUUUCAUAGUCGGCAUUGGUGACAAAGAUGUCAAGUGGGCAUCUCACGAGCAAGUUGUGCGGAUGAUAAAACAAUGCGGUGACUUUAUAAAUUUAAAAUUGGUUACACCAAUGGACAGAAAUUAUUUAAAGACAAUGGUGACAGAGGGGCAGCAAGAAGAGUAUGACGAGUACAAGAGCACGUUGGACGUGGACACGCUGGAAGUGGCCAGACUGGAGCUUCGCGAGGAUGACAACACGAGGGAGCAGGCUUUGAAGCAAUUCCGUCAUUGGAUUCAAAAACAUCCCGCGAUCAAAAAGUGUAGGACCGAUUCGCUGUUCCUAUUGAGAUUCCUCAGGACGAAGAAGUUCAGUCUACCGAUGGCACAAGAGAUGCUCGAACGCUAUCUCACCAUCAGACAACUCUAUCCCGACUGGUUUCAGAAGCUCGACAUCGAUGACCCGGAGCUCGAAGCCAUCAUCGACAGCGGCUAUCUGGUACCUUUACCAAAACGAGAUCAGCACGGUCGAAAAGUGAUACUGUCGUGUGCAGGACGUUUUGAUCCUUGCAAAUUCUCGUCGGUACACAUGGCGCGAGUCCACAGCAUGGUAGUGGAGAGUCUGAUGGACAACGAGGAAAAUCAGAUCCGCGGCUAUACGCAUCUCAACGACGAGACCGGAUUGACCAUGAGCCAUCUCAGCGCGUGGUCUUUCACGGACAUCCGCAAUAUGUUGAGAUGCAUACAGAACAGCACUCCGAUGCGUCACAAGGAGACGCACUUGAUCAAUAUUCCCGGCAGCGUGGCGAAGAUCAUUGAGUUCGCCAUUUCGCUGCUUAAUGAUAAGCUCAAGUCUCGCGUUAUGAUACACAAGGAUAUGGAGGAGCUGAGAGAAGCGAUAGAUCCGAAGAUACUGCCGAAGGAAUACGGAGGGGAAAUACCGCUCUCGGAAAUGAUCGCUGAAUUCAAAAAGGAUCUGAAAGAGAAGAAAGAACAACUCAAGGCUCUAGACGAUAUGUACAUCGAGAUUUCACUAAAAGAUUGUCACGCAGUUAAUAACGAAGAGCUAGGCGGAAUAUGCGGUUCGUUCCGAAAAUUAGAAGUCGAUUGAGGGCUAAUUUAUUUCUAUUUCAAUCUCGUAUUGAUAGCAUCUAAUUUUAAUAGCUACUUUUAUAUAAUUACAUCAUAUAUCAAGGAGCAAUCGUUUUGAUAAAAAUUUAGAUAUUUUAUAUUUUCUUUUCUUUUUAGCGCAACAUAAUCAUUUAUGUAUAGAAAUAUAUUAUUGUAUUGCGACCAUGAUACAAAUUAUGAAUAUGUUAAACGAGUAUGCAAACGAUUUAUAAAUACAUCUGAAUAAUCUUAACUAACUGGUUUUAAAGCUAUUCAUAUAUGUAUAGCCGUUUUUCUCUCUAGAUUCUAUUUACAAAAAAAAUUCUAUAAACAAAAAAAAAAUUUUAAUGUUUAGCGUUAAGUAACACACUGGUACAAUCGGAUUUGUAUAUGAAAUAAGUAUAAGGGAAUUUAUUUUUAUGUGCUUAUUUUAAUAUCCCUCGUAAAGCAUUGUGUGAAUAGUAUUCAUUAACUUACGCAAUAAGUCUUUUUCAUAUAACAGUUAAGACUCACUAGCGCAUACAAACGAGCUAAUAUUCGUUCCGCCGGUGGUACCAAGUUACCUAUGAUCUUUAUGUCAUUAUCUUGACUAUAUCUUAAAACAAAGUGUGACGACACAAUCCUACCGUUCCUUUGUCGUUGCAAUUACGAAGCAUGCACUCGCAUCGUUUUUAUUAUCGGGUUUAUGUACUUUAUAUACUUAUAUUUGAGUUAAAGUUAAGGCACUAAGCUUAAGCUAUAUAUAUAUGAAUGUUAUUAGUUUGUGAAGUAACAUUUUCGUUGAAGAUUUUAGGUAUGUUUUUAGUGAAUAAAAUAAAACUCUGAGAUAUCUAAUAA